CCCAUCGCGCCGCCUACUUAACCACGCGACGCCAGCAAGAGAGAGAGAGAGAGCGCGAGAGGAGCGGAGAGGAAGGGGAAGGGUUCACUUCAUUCACUCCGCCUCCUCCUCCCCCCCUCGCCGCAAUCCGCAUUCGCCGCUAGGGGUUGGGGAGGAGGGGGCACGCCGAUGGCGUCGGCGUCGGCGUCGCGGGGGCCGAGGUACGCGCCGCCGGAUCCGACGCUGCCCAAGCCGUGGAGGGGGCUCAUCGACGGCAACACCGGGAACCUCUACUUCUGGAACCCGGAGACCAAGGCCGUGCAGUACAACCGGCCGACGGGGCUGCCGCCGUCUCCUCCUUCCUCCUCCCCCGCUCAGCCUCCCGAGAGGCCUAGGAACAGCGAUCCUGCCGAGUCGCAGGCGCAAGCUGGGGCGAGCCGCACGCAGGACGCCCCGCCUCAUGCUGAUGAUAGGGCUAGGAACGAUCAUUUCGAGCGGCGCAUGGAAGCUGCAGGGAGUCAUGCACAGAACAUGCCUUUUACGGAUCAAAAGACGACUAGGAGUAAUCCUUCUUCGCAGCUGUGCUCUGCAGCUGGAGGAUACUCCGCACAGAAUGUAGUUUCAGAGGCUGCCAAUGGAGAGCGCAUUUCGCCAGAAGCAUAUCGUGCUAAGCAUGAGAUUACUAUUGUUGGAAAUGAGGCUCCAGCACCAUUCAUGACGUUUCAGUCCACAGGAUUCCCUACUGAGAUACUAAGGGAGGUACUGCAAGCGGGAUUCUCUGCACCAACUCCUAUCCAAGCUCAAUCAUGGCCAAUUGCUCUUAAGAGCCGUGAUAUUGUAGCAGUGGCGAAGACAGGUUCUGGAAAAACACUGGGUUAUCUAAUUCCCGGGUUUAUCCUUCUAAAGCGCCUGCAACAUAAUUCAAGGGAAGGUCCAACAGUAUUAGUGCUGUCUCCAACAAGAGAAUUGGCAACACAAAUUCAAGAUGAAGCGAUAAAGUUUGGUAGAUCAUCAAGAAUAUCAUCUGUUUGUUUAUAUGGAGGUGCUCCUAAAGGUCCUCAGCUAAGAGAUCUAGAACGUGGUGCAAACAUUGUUGUUGCAACUCCUGGAAGAUUGAACGACAUUUUAGAAAUGCGAAGAGUGAGUCUACAUCAAGUAUCUUACCUUGUUCUCGAUGAGGCAGACCGCAUGCUGGAUAUGGGUUUUGAGCCACAAAUAAGAAAAAUUGUGAAACAAGUACAACCUAAACGACAAACUCUUAUGUUUACUGCCACUUGGCCAAAAGAGGUGAGGAAAAUAGCCUCAGAUUUGCUGACCAAUCCAGUCCAGGUUAACAUUGGGAACACUGAUCAACUGGUUGCAAAUAAGUCAAUCACUCAGUAUGUGGAUGUUAUUACACCUACGGAGAAGUCGAGACGGCUCGAUCAAAUCCUUCGGUCACAAGAACCUGGAUCCAAAAUCAUAAUAUUUUGCUCCACAAAGAGGAUGUGUGAUCAACUGGCUCGAAACCUAUCACGGCAGUAUGGUGCUUCUGCUAUUCAUGGUGAUAAAUCGCAAGCCGAGAGGGAUUCUGUGCUGAGUGAAUUUCGAAGUGGCAGGUGCCCUGUUCUUGUUGCUACCGAUGUGGCUGCUCGAGGCUUGGACAUAAAAGAUAUCAGAGUUGUGGUCAACUACGAUUUCCCUACAGGUGUUGAGGAUUAUGUCCAUAGAAUUGGGAGAACAGGACGUGCUGGAGCGACUGGAGUUUCCUAUACAUUCUUCUGUGACCAGGAUUCAAAGUAUGCUUCAGAUCUUGUGAAGAUUUUGGAGGGUGCAAACCAGUCUGUUUCACAGCAAUUGAGAGACAUGGUCUCCCGUGGAGGGUAUGGUGGAAGGUCACGGCGUUGGGCAUCUUCAGAUGACUCUUAUGGAAGCCGAGGAUAUGAUUCAGGCUAUACUUCAAGAUCGACUGACAAUUAUAACAGUGGCUUCAAUCAGUCCGGGAGUGGUUCAAGCUUCCAUGCUAGUUUCCAUAGCAGCAACAGUGGCAAUCAGUUUGGUGACACUUCUGGCUUCCAAACCAGCUUUCAUAAUAGCAGCAACAACAAUCAAACCAGUGACGAUUCAAGCUUUCAUGCCAGCAGCGGGAACAGUCAACCUGGUGAUGGUCUCAGCUUUCAUGCCAGGUUCUAUAGCUCUUCUCGAGGUAGUGAUCAGAGCAGAACAAACAAUGGAGGUGGAUGUCGUGAUAGAAGUAGGAGUCCUCCAAGCAAUCGCAACCAUGAAGAUCCUGGGUCCAAGGCUGUUGGGGUCUCCAACUGGUAAGUGCUAACUGCAAGAUGCCAACAGCAUCAUUAUGGCGACGAAACAGAGUAGAUGAAUCUAUUCUCUUAUCAAACCAUGCUACUUUGCGUGCCCCCUCUGAAGCAAAAAAUGACCGACAACCCAACUAACAUAAGGUAAGUCUGUGGGUCUUCUGCUGUGCAGACGUGCCUGUAAGGCACUUGAUAAUGUAUGUCUUGUGUUAUUAGUGUGGAAGCAAUGUCCAAAGAACCCAACAGCUAUGAUCAUGCGGAAACAAACCACCUGUGCCAUGCAUUUUGGACGAAAGCAUGCAACGUUAAUCCUUUUGACUUGUA